UUUAAAAUGCUAUAAAAGCCUUCUACUUUCGUCAUUCUACACCAAUCAACAUAAUUUCUUCCUCAAGCAAGUCUUCAAGCAACUCUACGAACAACAACAAAACAUCAAGGCGUCAUGCUCUUCUGUUUCGACAACGGAUCUGGAACGAAAAAGGCUUCGACAGCAACUCUACGUUCGGCUACCACCAUCUUGCCGAUGUUCUUUGCUUCGACUCUCUUCGUUUUUGUGCUGCUUGGACAGGUCAACAGUGAGGAGGUUGGAUUCUUCAAUCACACUCUGAAGGAUGGUCAAGUUACGCUUCGCAAUUAUUCCACGGCUGUCGAAAAAGGAGACGUCUACAACCUUACCAAGUACACGAAUCUUCCUGGGUCCUGUGAUGUUGAAUUCAAUAGAAAAGGAAACAUUGUGCUCUACUACAGCAAAAACGGAAAGAAUAUAAAGAAGCUGCACUGUGGACCUGCUUACCAAACAUCCGAACAUGAUCAAGUUCAGGACUGGAGUGAAGAUAGAACCUGAGGACUGCCUAAAAGAGUGUUCAAGUUAUAAUAUCCCUUUUGAUGGUGCCGCUGAUAAUACCCUUCCCUUCGCCUACAGCUCAAC